CCAGCCCCUGGGCAGGUGGCUGGGGUGACCUCGGCCCGGCUGCGCGCUCUCGGCACAGCGUUCCCGGCAGCGGCGCAGGCGGACGCAGGCGCUGGCAGAGAUGCGGCGGCUGACCCUGCUUCUGCCCCUCCUGCUGGCCUCGAAGCUCGGGUGCUCGGCUCUAGAGGCCAGGCAGCAGAGUGACACCUGGGGCCCCUGGGGCGAGUGGAGCACCUGCAGCCGGACCUGUGGAGGGGGCAUCAGCUUCCGGGAGCGGCCCUGCUACACACAGAGGAAGGAUGGAAGCACCAGCUGUGUUGGCCCUGCCCGGAGCUACCGCACCUGCAGCACCCAGAGCUGCCCAGAUGGUGCGCGGGACUUCAGGGCUGAACAGUGUGCAGAGCUAGACAGCACCCCAUUCCACGGCCGGCGGUACCGGUGGCUGCCCUACCUUGGUGCCCCAAACAAGUGUGAGCUGAACUGUAUCCCCAAGGGGGAGAACUUCUACUACAAGCACCGGGAGGCUGUGGUGGACGGCACGCCCUGUGAGCCUGGUGGACUGGACAUCUGUGUGGAAGGCCGCUGCCGCGCUGUUGGCUGUGACCUCGAGCUGGACUCCCCCAAGCAGGAAGACAAGUGUCUGCGGUGCGGAGGAGAUGGCACCACCUGCUACCCCGUCGUGGGCACCUUUGAUGCCAACAACCUCAGUAGAGGCUACAACCGGAUUUUCACCAUUCCUCCGGGGGCCACCAGCAUCCUUGUGGAGGAGGCUGCAGCUAGCAGGAACUUCCUGGCUGUGAGAAGUGUCCGUGGGGACUACUACCUCAACGGGCACUGGACCAUCGAGGAGACCAAGGCCCUGUCAGCGGCCAACACCAUCCUGUACUACACGCGGGGUGCUGAGGGGGACCUGGCCCCUGAGCGGCUCCAGGCUCGGGGCCCUACCUCGGAGCCCCUGGUCAUCGAGCUCCUCAGCCAGGAGGCCAACCCCGGCGUGUACUACGAGUACUACCUGCCCCUGCGCAGUCCUGGCUCCAGCCCGGCCUUCAGCUGGAGCCACACGUCGUGGGGCGACUGCAGUGCCGAGUGUGGCGGAGGCCACCAGUCCCGCCUGGUGUUCUGCAGCAGCGACAGCCAGGCCCACCCCCCCCACGUGUGCCAGCGCCAGCCUCGGCCUGCCGACCGCCGCCCCUGCAACGCCCAGCCCUGCCCACAGACCAGGCGGUCUGAGGCAGCGGGGGGCUGGACUCAGUGCACGCCACGGGGUGCGCCGGGGGUCCGACCACGGGCAUGUUGGCAUCGGCGAUCCUUUGUUCGUGCACAAAGGACCUCCUACCUGUACCAGCCCGGAGCGGGGCGCCAUGCCGGGGCCCAGCAUGUGUGUGGGAACAGCUGGCAGGUGGGGCCUUGGGCGCCCUGCUCAGCCUCCUGCGGGGGCGGCUCUCAGGCUCGCUCCGUCCACUGUGUUUCGUCGGAUGGUGCUGGAGGCCGGGAGGUGGCAGAGGAGGCCGAGUGCGCAGGCCUGCCCGCGAAGCCCCCUUCCACACAGCCCUGUAACCUGCAGCGCUGCACAGCCUGGAGUGCUGGGCCUUGGGGAGAGUGCUCUGUCACCUGCGGUGCUGGCAUCCGGAGGCGGAGUGUGGCUUGUCGGGGUGACCAAGGGUCCCUGCUCCCUGCCUCGGCCUGCUCCCAGGAAGACCGCCCACCCCCCACGGAGAGCUGUGUGCAAGCAGCCUGUCCCCUCCUCAGGGACCAGGCCUGGCACGUUGGUGCCUGGGGCUUAUGCUCAAAGAGCUGCAGCUCGGGCACUCGGAGGCGACAGGUCAUCUGCACCAUUGGGCCGCCCAGCCACUGUAGGAGCCUGCAGCAGUCGAAGCCCAGGGAGGUGGAGCUUUGCAACACGCAGCCCUGCCACCUUCCUCAGGAGGUCCCCAGUGUGCAGGACCCACGCACCCCUCCCAGAGGCCCCUGGACACCCUCGGACCCUCACAAGGCCCUUGCUGCAGGCUCCAGAGACCAGCGACCCCAGGCCCCAAGCAGACCCGGCGGGUUCCAUGGCUCCCUGCCUUCAGCUCCAGGCCCAAACCCAUCUCUGCAGCAACCCCCAAGGUCUGGCUCAGGGGCCCAGGACUGCAGACACAGCCCCUAUGGGUGCUGCCCUGACAGCCGCACGGCAUCUCCUGGACCACAGGGGCAAGGCUGUCCCAGGAUGGAGGCCUGGUGCCAGCAGAGCAGGUAUGGGUGCUGCCCUGAUGGCAUGUCCGCAGCCAAGGGACCCCAGCAGGCUGGCUGCACCGGGGCCUACACUAGCACUGUUGCUGGGAGGAGGCCAGGGUCUAAGGCAGUGCCUUCCACGGUCCCCAAGGGCCACAGGCCCCAGGCCCAGCAGAAUGAACCUGCUGAGUGUCGGGGAUCCCAAUUUGGCUGUUGCUAUGACAGUGUGGCCUCUGCCGCAGGCCCCCUUGGAGAAGGUUGUGCGGGCCAGCCCAGCUCUGCCUACCCGGUGCAGUGCCUGCUGCCCAGCGCCCAUGGGUCCUGCGCAGACUGGGCUCCCCGCUGGUACUUUGUUGCUGCUGUGGGCCGGUGUAACCGCUUCUGGUAUGGCGGCUGCCAUGGCAAUGCCAACAACUUCGCCUCAGAGCAGGAGUGCAUGAGCCGCUGCCAGGGUGCCCAGCAAGGGCCACACCACCCUGAGCCUGGGGCCACUGGCCGGGGCAUCCCCACCAGCGGCCGUGGCAGCAGCCCCAGAGGCCAGCAGAUCAACAGGCAGAGGACAGGGGACACAGGCCCGAGACCAGCCUCGUCUUCUGGUGGCCUCUGGCGAAGAGAGCAGGAGCCUGUGCUGGGGGAGGCCCCCCCAACCCGGGCCUUCGGAGAAUGGCCUGGUGGCCAGGAGGUUGGGCCCGUGCUGCCUUCUCCCAGCUCCUCUUUCAGGGUCAGCGUGGCAGGUGCAGAGCCCACCCUGGUGCAGGGAGCCCUGGGGCAGCCGGUGCAGCUCUUCUGCCCGAGGGAUGCCUCCCUGGGCCCUCAGGCCGGGUGGCAGAAAGAUGGCCAGCCCAUCUCCUCCAGCAGGCACCAGCUGCAGCCUGACCGCUCCCUGGUCAUCAGCCCCGUGCGGGCAGAGGACGCUGGUGUCUAUAGCUGUGGCGGCCACAGGGCGGGUCGUGACUCUCAGAAGAUCCAGCUUCGCAUCACAGGGUCGGGCCAGGCGGCACCACCCGACACGGAGCAGAGGCACCUCCCGCGGACCAGGAACCGGGUCCAGGGCUCAGGGCGAGAUGCGGGAGGCCCGGGGGCUGUGCCUUCUCCACAGCCACGGCCCACCACCAGACUGCGUCUGGACAGGACCCAGCCCCACGUGGUGGAUGCCAGCCCUGGCCAGCGGGCCCAGCUGAGCUGCCGUGCUGACGGCUUCCCGCCUCCUGUCAUCGAGUGGCAGCGCAACGGGCAGCCCCUGUCCUCCCCCAGAUUCCAGACACAGCCAGAUGGCUCUCUGGCCAUCAGCCGAGUGACUGUGGAGGACGGUGGCUUCUAUGCUUGUGUGGCUUUCAAUGGGCGGGACCGAGACCAGCGCUGGGUGCAGCUCAGAGUUCUGGGAGAGCUGACAAUUACGGGGUUGCCCCCUAUGGUGACAGUGCCAGAGGGUGACACGGCCAGGCUGCCUUGUGUGGUGGGAGAUGACAGUGUGAACAUCAGGUGGUCCAGGAAUGGGCUGCCCGUGCAGGCUGAUGGCCGCCGCGUGCACCAGGCUCCGGACGGCACGCUGCUGAUCCACAACCUGCGCCCCCAAGACCAGGGCGCCUACACGUGUAGCGCCUACCGCGGGGGCCACGCCGUCAGCCGCAGCACCGAGGUGAAGGUGGCUGCGCCAGCAGCAGCUGCCCAGCCCAGGGAGCCCAGCGGUGAGUGUGUGGACCAGCCGGAGCUGGCCAACUGCGACCUGAUUCUGCAGGCCCAGCUCUGUGGCAACGAGUAUUACGCCAGCUUCUGCUGCGCCAGCUGCGCCCGUCUCCAGCCGCACGCUCAGCCCGCGCAGCAGCAGGGAUGAGGGGGCUCUGCCCCAUUGUGAAGAACCGGGAAGAAAGGCGCAGCCUCCUCGCCCGGCUGGAGAGGGAACCAUCCCUGGACUCUGCCCUUGAGAAAGCGCGGGUGCUGCCGCGCAGGAGCAGCCUUCCUCUGUGCCGCCCCUUUACCUUUUUUCGGGUGCAGAAUCCCUUAUGUGAAGUGUGUGGGUCCAGAAGUGUUUUGGAGUUUGGAAUAUUUGCAGCCUAGGGCUAAGCGCCUCUAAUCCCCCAAAUCCUGAAACACUUCUGUGUCGCAUGGGUGCACAAAAUUCUUGGACUUUGAGUGUUUUGGGUUUCAGGUUGGGGAUGCUCACCUUGUGCGAAGGAUCAGUUUUUUUUUUUUUUUUUUUUUUUGAGACAGGGUCUCACUACAUAGUUCAGGCCGAGCUGGCGCACGCAGCGACAGGUGUGCCACUGCCCCCUUCACUGCAUUUUACAGCGCAGUGCUCUACAGAUGGGCGGGAGA